UGAUGAAGAGUGCAAUUCUGAUAAUAGCUGUGAUGUCAUCGGCAAUCUUAGCCUAAAAAUGCGGUAAGAAGAGUAUUAAUGAUAUUAAGACACAAUUAAUUAACAUUACAAUGUGUAUGCUACUGUUAAUGAAACAAAAGAAUGGGAUAUGCGAAAAUAUUUCUUUACAGGAGAGAAUUUGAAGUUUAAGAUAAACAAUGAUUGUCCAUAUUUUGAAACAGUAGAUCCUUUGAGUGAAAUAGGAGAUCCUGUACCUCAUGGUGAUCGUAUGAAUUUUUCAUUAAUUUUAGCUUCGAUUGGGAAUAUAUAAAAUCUGAAGGCUUAUAGAUCUUUUGAUAAUGGAGCAUGGUUGAAUGACUUUGUGUUUUUAGAAUAAAACAAGACAGACAUUGAUGUAUUCUAUGCACUUGGGUAUAUAGAAUUUGAUUAUAUAAUUUAGUGAUCCUUAAAAAAUGGAUUAAGUACCUAGAUUCCAUGCAUAAGUGAAUGUUAGAGAUUCAAUAGUGUCAUUUGUAUGCCAUGAUUUAGACUUUUUAACUAAUUAUUUAAUAGUCAUAGAUUGUCAAUAACCAGAUUUGGAUGAUGUUGUUCAUUUAGGAUAUCAUAAUGGAUUUAUAGUGGUUGAUUUACAAGAUUCAUAACAUUAUGAUAUCUCACCAAAUGAACAUCCAAAAGGAUUUAAUUAUAAUUAUACAGAAGAUAGAAAAAUAGCUUUUCAUAAUUUUAGUUUCUCAACAUCUGAGGAAGAUUUGGAAGGAGGUGUUGGUGCUGAUAAGAUAUCAUUAUUGUUCAGAGCUGAACCAGCAUGGGCAACUGAAUUUGCUGAUUUGGCUAAUGACAAAUUGGAUGAAGAUUGUGAAUUAGAAGUUUAUAAAUAUAGUAAUAAGAAAUUUUCAUCAACUCCUGUUGCAUAUUUAACAAAAGUAGAAUUGGCUGCAUUAUUGGGAACAAAUUCAACAACUUAAAAAUUUGCUAUAAUGGAUUUCUAACUUGAACCAAAUGGUGAUAUCUAUGUUUUAGAUGGUGAAAAUGGUGUUUAUGUUUUAUAAUUCACAUCUUAAGCAUUGGAAUGGAAAUUAAAGGAACAUAUCUCUUUCCCUUAUGUGACUAAAAGUUAUGGAUUUGAUUUCAAUUAUUUAAUUAAUAAUGAUGGAACAAUAACAAGACAUAUGGUAUUAGUAUUCAAAGAUAAAGCAAACUUUUAUGAAAAUGGAGUAAUGAAAUUUGGUAUAAAAUUACCAGAAAAUGCAAAUUAUGGAAGAGUGUAAGUUUAAAUGAGUUAAUAUUACUUAAUAUUGAAAUUAGACACUGUAGUACAUGUUUAUCAUUCAGAUGAUGGAUCAAAAUUGUAUACUUAUACAAAUGAUUUAUUUGAUUAAUUGAUUAUCAAUCCAUAUGAACCAGAUUUAUUAGGAGUCAAUAAAAACUCUGCACACAGAUUCUUAAUUUCUAAUGGAUACUUAAGAUUAAAGAAAUAGGAUAGUACAAAUGAUGGAACUAAGACAUAUACAUUAGAUGCUAUUUCAUUAGAUGAUGUAUCAUAGAAAUGUUCAGUCACUGUAAAUGUGAGAGUCUUGAAUAAAAAUGACACAACAAUCUAUGAAUAAAGUAAUCAUCCAUUCCCACAAACUUUGAGAGUUCCUACAGCACCAAUUGGUAUUGAUUUGAUUGCUUCUGGUCCAAAUCUUUAAUAUUCAUCUUUAGCUACUUUAGAACAUCCAGAAUUAGGAAAUUCUAAAAUUAUUGUGACAAUUAAAUCAGCUUGGAAUUUAUAAUUAAAUGGAAUUAGACUUCCAGAUGCUAAAGAAGUUAUUUAUUCUGAUAUUCUUGUUACUGAUUCUGCAGAUUAAUUCUAUUUAUUAGUAUAAAUACCAACAAAGAUCAUUUAUGUUUAUUAAUGUAAACAUUCUUUAUCAGAUCAUGAAAAUGCAGAAUGUAAAGAUUUUGAUAAUUUUUCUUUGGGAGUUUAAAUUAAUAAAAAUAAACAUUCAUUCUUUUGGUGGAUCUAUAUUAAUUCAAUUACUUAUAUGUAUUAAGAUACUGAUUAUUCAAUAUAAAUUUAUACUAGUACUGGAGGAUAAGUUAAAAGUGUUGGUUAGGUGGCUGUAGAUAGUACAGAUCCAAUGAAUAAAUUUUCAUCAGUCACAAUGGUCAAAAGUGGUAUUUAUUGUGUAUAAGAGGACAGAAAAACAGUAUAAAUUUAUGAAGCUACUUUACCAUUUAGAUUGAUAUAUGAAAUUAAUUCUUCUGUUCUUGCUGAAUAUAAGAUAGAAGGAUAUUUCAUACCUAAAAGAGUAUUUAGUAAUAAAAAAGCAAGAGCACAACUUGUAUUUAUACAAUCAUUAAAUCAUGUAUAUGUUGGAGAAUUCACAAAUCUUAAAAGUUUUUCAAAUUUCAUUCUCUUUAAACAAAUCCCUAUUAUUGGAGGAGCAGAAGUAGAAGUUGCAAUUGGUUAAGAUCAUUUCUUUAUUGUUUAACAAUUAAAUGAUUAGACUGUGAUUGAAGAAUACAAUUAUUAACAUAUAUAAAGAAUCUAUAAAACUAAGGAUUUACCAUUAUUUAAUUAUAGAUUAUAAAAACCUUUAACUGUUGAUUAUUCAUCAUAAACAGGUUGGUUAUUUAUGAGAGCAACUGAUGGAAAAGAAACAGUUGUCUUAGUAUAUGAACCAGGAGUUGUAUCACAUAUAUGUUUACAUAAAGUAUUAGAAACUAAAGCUAUGGAUUUUGAUAAUAAGACAUUUGAUAUGGCAGUAGAUGGUGGAUAAUAAAUGUUUUCUUAUUUUAAUAAUAAUACAAUCCAUAGAGUUGUAAGUAUAUUAGCAGAUGCUGAAUUAUAUAUUACUCCAGAAUUAGAAACUUAAUAAUAUGUUAAUGAAUUAACAACAGGAGUAUAAGUAUCUAAUUUCCCUGGAAAUAAACCUAUGAAUUUAGUAUCUAAAGUAACUGUUCUUAAUACUUAAAGUGAUAUCAAUAUUAAAUAGUCUCUAUUAACCUCCAAGAAAAAGGUUUUCAAAUUUGUUAAAUAAGCAUAAUAAUAAUUGAUUGAUAUGGGAACAGAUUGGUAUUAUGGUCAACAAGUAGGUAUUGUGGUUAGAUGUGAAACAUGUAAAAGUGAUUUGAAAGUCAGAAAUAACAUCUAUAGAGUUUUAGAUGGAGCAGAUAUGCCUUUUGAUAUUUCUGAUGGUGUAUAAUUUGGUACAGCAGGUUAAGUAUAUCAAACAAGAGAUGCUUUAAUUUUCCAAGAUAUUACAGGUAAAUUUAAAGAGAGAAAGGAAAUAUCAGAUAGAACUAUAAGUUGUGAAUUAAUUACUGUAUCAGCAGAUAAUAAUUUUAUAUUGUCAAGUUAUACAACUACUAAAAAUGAAGUUGGUAUCUUUAUUAAUUAAUGUACAAAUUUGGCUAAUUGUUAAUAAUUCAAAUAAGGUUCAUAAAGUAUUGGAGGAGCCAAGAAGAUAUCUAAGGUUGUUAUGCCUGAUAAUAAGAAUAUCAUUAUUUUAAAUACUGAUCCAGAAAACUUUUCAUCUACUGAUAGCUAUAUUAUUAUUUCUGCUUUAGAUUAUGAUCAAUCUAAAUUCACUAUUUCUAAUAAAUUCACAAUUAAUGAUCAAUAUGUAGGAAGCAAACUUUUAUAAAUUGGAGAUUUUGAUGUCAUUAAAUAUUAGAUUAAUAGUGUUAAUUACAAUACUAUUGUUUUUACAGAUGUUAAUAAUGGUUUAUACUUUGCUCAUUUUGCAUAUGAUGCAUAAGGUGUUUAUUCUAAAACUAUCAAUGAAUAGGUCAAAUUAAGAUCAUUCGCAAAUGAUUAAUAUCAUAUUGCAGAUGAUGCUUUCUUCUAUUAAGUCAAAGUAUUAAGUAGUCAAAUGAGUGGAACAACUCUCUAAAUUAAUCUUCUAAUCACUACAAGCAAUUCAGCUCAUUAUUCCUUUGGAUUUGAUCUUGAUGCAUCAAAACCAACUUCUGGAUUACCUAUUAUCAAAGCUAAUACUGUUUUGAAUUAUGUCUUAACUCCAUAUGGAUCUUGGAAUGCUAUUGAUAAAUUAGCUUAUGUUAAUGGAUUUGUGGCUAUUCCUUAUAGUAAUGAAAAGAAAGUUGUUAUUGGUGUUUAUGACAUUCCUAGUGACAGACCAGGUAUUGUUAAAACUAUAUCAUUCAAUCAUGGAAUUUGGGCUGAUUAUCAUAAAGCAUUACCAAUUGAUUUUGCUAUGCUUUUAACUAAGGAUGCUUAAGCUAAAUAUGUAUUAUUAUAUCUAUAUUAAAUAUUAGCCUUAUUUAUAUACUAAUAUCAAUUAUGAUGCUUUAUCUGAUGAAUAUUUAAUUGAAAAGUAUGAAUUAAGAGCAGAUCCUUAAUUGAUUUUAACCAAUUCAGCUGGUUACACAGAAUAAGUGCAAUUCAAACUUUAUUUACAUAAUGAUUUCGUUGAAAUUCAAGGAUUAGCUUACUUAUCAACAACAGAGCCAAACCCACCAAAACCCCCUGAUGAUGAUGAUAAAGGAAGGUAUUUUAAUUUAUAUGAUCUCAUAGCUCAAAUUGGUGGUGGAUUACAUUAAUUGUUAUAUUUGGUGUUGCCAUCUUAGGAGUAGGAGGUUGGUUUGCCUAUUAAAAGUUUGGUAGAAAAGGAGUUGACCCUCUUUUAGGAUGAUAU